GGGAAAAUCACAAUCAAGUAAACACAUGAAAUGUCUAUUUAUAGCAUUACUUGCCUCUCUUUAUUUCUCACUUGAGUUGAAGCUCCAAAAUGGACGAAAAGGGAUACACACAAGAUGGCACAGUUAAUCUUCGCAGGCAACCCGUGCUUUCUUCCAAAACUGGCAAAUGGAGAGCUUGUGCUUUUUUAGUUGCGUAUGAAGCGUUUGAGAGAAUGGCGUUUUACGCGGUGGCGUCGAAUCUUGUAGUGUAUUUGACGAAGGAGUUGCGUGAAGACAAUGUUGCGUCGGUUAGAAAUGUGAAUAAUUGGUCGGGUGCGGUGUGGAUGACUCCCAUACUUGGUGCAUAUAUUGCUGAUUCUUAUUUGGGUCGUUUUUGGACUUUCACCUUGUCUUCUAUCAUCUAUGUGUUGGGAAUGGUACAAUUGACAUUGGCAGUUUCAGUCAAAUUCUUAAAGCCAACAUGCAUCAAUGGAGUAUGCAACAAAGCCACCACUUCUCAAAUUGCAUUUUUCUACUCAUCUCUAUACAUCAUAGCCAUAGGUGCAGGUGGGACCAAGACCAAUAUUUCAACUUUUGGUGCUGACCAAUUUGAUGAUUUUGAUCCUGAUGAAAAAAGGCUCAAAGUUUCCUUUUUCAAUUGGUGGAUGUUUAGUAGCUUCUUUGGUGCACUUGUUGCCACCCUUUGUCUUUUGUAUAUUCAAGAAAACUUGGGUUGGGGUCUUGGCUAUGGCAUCCCAACAGGUGGUCUCAUUUUGUCACUUGUUAUUUUCUACAUUGGUACCCCUAUGUAUAGGCAUAAAAUGAGGAAGACCAAUAUUAGCCCCGCCACGGAUUUCUUCCACGUAGUAAGAGCGGCAAUUGCCAAUCGCCGUUGUGAGCUACCAAGUGACUCGUCGGAGCUUCAUGAGCUUGAUUUGCAACAUUAUGUCGAAAACGGGAAACGCCAAGUCUAUCACACUCCAAAUUUCAGGUUCUUGGACAAAGGGGCACUCAAAGAAGAUAAGGUUAGCAACUCAAAGAGACCACCAUGCACAAUUACUCAAGUGGAAGAAGUGAAGCUUGUUUUGGGGAUGGGCAUGAUAUGGGUUGUAACCUUGAUUCCUAGCACCAUUUGGGCCCAAAUCAACACUUUGUUUGUAAAACAAGGCACCACUUUGGACCGACGCAUUGGGUCAAGCUUCCAAUUACCUGCGGCAUCACUGGGGGGCUUUGUUACACUUUCUAUGUUAAUCUCGGUACCAAUGUAUGAUAGAUAUUUUGUGCCUCUAAUGCGUAAACGAACCAAGAACCCUAGGGGAAUCACCUUGCUCCAAAGGCUUGGGACUGGAUUUGCAAUUCAAAUUGUAGCCAUAACAAUUGCUUGUUUAGUUGAAGUUAGAAGAAUGAAAUGUAUCAAAUCCCACAACGUGUUAGAUCCUGAUGAUGUUAUCCCGAUGACCAUUUUCUGGUUAUUGCCUCAAUACAUCCUUCUCGGGGUAGCUGACGUGUUUAAUGCGAUUGGGUUACUUGAAUUUUUCUAUGACCAAUCCCCUGAAGAUAUGCAAAGUCUUGGAACAACAUUCUUUACAAGCGGAAUUGGUGUUGGCAACUUCUUGAAUAGUUUAUUGGUGACGACGGUUGACAAAUUAACAAGUAGAGGUGGAAACAAGAGUUGGAUCGGAAAAAACUUAAACGAGUCACAUUUGGAUUACUAUUACGGGUUUCUUAUGUUGAUUUCAACAUUAAAUUUUGGAGCAUUCUUGUGGGCAUCAAACAAAUAUGUGUAUAAAAGGGAGUUAAAUGUAGAAGCAAACCAUCAAAGUCUAGAGAUAGAAUGCAAACCAUUGGAAGUAGUUCCACUUGGGUUGCAAGUUUAAAAUGGUUUGGAACAACUUUGAUUUGAUUGUUAUUCAAUGUGUACUAAAAAACAUUAGUAU